CUGUGGCCCAGGGUUUUCUGUGUCACUGGAAGUGGGUUUCUUCACGAUCUGACAUUCUUUUUGCGUCAUAGAGCACCACUCUUAGCAAUUUUGGUGUCUAGGAUUGAACUCACGACUUCACACCUGCCAGGGUGAGAGGAAGUGUCCAGUUCCAUUCCUCCACAGAUGGCUGUCCAGUCUUCCCAGCACCAUUGUUGAAGUGACCGUCCCUUCUCCAGCAUCUCUGUUAGGCCACACCUUUCAGAAUCAGAUGGCUACAGUGGAGGAGUCGGUGGGCGGCCCUGGACCCUUCUGGCCCCGGCCAGCGCCCAGCCUGAGGACGCUAGGAGAGAUGCCCUGGGCCAUCCUGCUCCUCGCAGCCGGCUCCUUGGCCAUCCCAGCGCCGUCCAUCCUCCUGGUGCCCCCCUACCCCAGCAGCCAGGAGGACCCCAUCCACAUCUCCUGCACGGCCCCUGCGACUUUCCUGGGGGCGAACUUCACCCUGUACCGAGGGGGACACGUGGUCCAGCUCCUGCAGGCCCCUGCAGGUGAGGCAGGGGUCACCUUCAACGUCAGUGGCAGCACGGGCAUCGAGGCUCCCAGCUGGCAGUUCUGCUGCCAGUACGGCGUGACGGGCGAGGACAGUCAGCCGCAGCUGUCGGACCUCAGCCAGCCGGUGCAGGUCUCCUUCCCAGUGCCCACUUGGAUCCUGACGCUCUCCCUCAGCCUGGCUGGAGCCUGCUUCCUCCUCGUUGUGCUCGUGGUCUUUGCCGUGGUGGUCAGGAAAGUUAAAGUCAAGAAUUUACAGAAGAGGCGAGAGCAGGAAUCGUGCUGGGUGCAGAUCAACUACGACAACACAGGUGAAGAGGACGACAUCCGAGGAAGACCCAGCGGCCACCCUGGAUGCCUGCCCAGGCAGCGCCGGGCCACGCAAGAGGCCGACCUCCACGUCCUCCUCGCCGGAGCCCCCGGACUUCAGCACCUUCCGGGGCUGCCAGUGAGGCUGAGGAAGGGGAGGCCUCCAUUCAGCCCACUGUCUCAAGCGGCCUGGAGGCUUUCGGGGGCUCAGGUCCUCCUGGUACGGGGAGAAGCAGUCCCCACCCAGCCGCUGCUUUCUCAGGGAAUCAAACUGGGGGAUGGAGGGGACCAAAGGACCUUCCUCCCAGAAGUGUGGGAGAGGGGUGAAGGUGUGUGGCCUGGAGGUCGGCCGGAACGCAAGGAACCCCUCCGUGGACCCCCAAUUUCUCAAGACCACCAGAGAGCCAGGGGUGGAGGCCCGUGCCUGUCAUCCCCGCUCUUGGGAGGCUGAAGCAGGAGUAUUGCUGUGAGUUGAAGGCCAGCCUGGGCCACACAGUGAGACCCUGUUUCAAGAAAAUUAAGAAAAAAAAGAAAGAAAAAAGAAAAAAGAAUCAGAGAAAGAG